UCUAACAGCAGGUGAAUGUUUAACCUGAGUGGAGAGAAGACGUCUCACCUGAAGGCGUCUCUUUAUGGUCCGUGUGAGGUGGACCUUGUUCAUCCGUCCUCCGUCUCUUAGACUCGCUCCAUGAGGACCAGCAGGCUGCCAGCAUGCGAUGGAACAUCCACGUUUUACCUUCAAUCCCAAAGAAGGGAUUGAUAAUCCAGCUCUGGUCAUCAGCGAUGAUCCUGAGCAUCAGAGCCCCCGGCCCACACUGUGCCACCUGAAGCGCCUGGAGGGCCAGAACUUUGGGUUCCUCCUGCGGGCCCACCACGGCGGCCAGAGGUGUGAGGUGGGCGGCGUGGCGGCGUGGAGCCCCGCGCAGCGCGGCGGGCUCCAGGACGGGGACCGCGUGCUGGAGGUCAACGAGGACAAGGCGCACAGCGGGGACUUCUGGCGGAUUGUGAGGAAGAUCCAGGCGUGUGGACUACACCUGAUACUGCUGGUGUUGAGAAGGGACGAGUAUGAACAGGCCGAGUCUCUGGGUUUGGAUCUGCAGACGCUGGCCAGGUCGUCCAAAGGGGACGGCUGGUCCAGACCCAGACUGUGUCACGUCAGCAGGGACCCGGAGUGCGGCCUGGGGAUGACCGUCGCCCCAGUGGACGGUCAGAAGGGCCACUUCACCGUGAACACGCUGCCCGGCGGCCCCGCAGAGAAAGCCGGCGUCCGCCCGGCAGACCGGCUGAUCUGGAUCAACGGGGCCCCGGCGUCCUCGCUCUCCCGGUCCACGCUGAACAAAACCGUGGAGAGGGGCGGGGCCUCGGUGACGGUGCUGGUCAUCGACCCCGAGGGCGAGUCCUGCCGUGUCAGGAGGAAGACGCCUGUCCUGCCGGCGCUGGCAGAAUGCCGCGGCCUCCCGCACGCCGCCAAGACCAUGCGGCUGGUCAAAGGGCCCGACGGGUUCGGCUUCCUGCUGAGGCAGGAGAAGCUGGGCGGCUCCCAGAGGAGAGUUCAUGUGCUGAGGGAGGUGGAGGAAGGGAGCCCCGCCCAGGCGGAGCUGAUGGAGGACGGAGACCUGCUGCUGGCCGUCAACGGGACCCCCGUCGAGUCCCUGGAGCACGACGACGUCGUCAAAGAGAUCCGACGGAGCGGGGACGAAGUGGUCCUCACCGCCAUGUCCACGCGGGGGAGGGACUUUUACAGAGAGUUGGGGAUUCCUCCCCUGUUGUUCCACCAGGACGGUUCACUGUGGGACGAGAGGCAGCAGACCGGGACCCAGGGGGACACCCCUCUGAGAGACGCGAUCACGGGGACAGAAGGACGGGGACAGACUGUGACCCAGAUCAGCCAGGAACUCUGAGCCCGGAGGUUUGAAGGCAUUACUCCGUCUUUUUAGCUCUGUGGCGUCUAUUUUCUCCUCAAAAGGGAACCAUGGCGACUAGAAACGAAGAGAACUGGAACACACCUGUAGUGAAGAAUCAAUCAGGACACACAUCAGAUGGAUGUUCAAUGUCUCUCUUCUUCUUAUAUUUGCAAAAAGUUAGAAUCUAACAUUAAUCCAAGUCCACUUGUAUGGAAACUUUAAUAUAAAAUAAGAAAUGAAUAAUAAUUUGUUUAUGUUUUUAUAUAUACAGAUUAAUUCAUGUAUUUAUAUAUAUGUCGGUGUCAUCUUUAGAAACAAGUGGUCAUUCUGAAUAAAUAAAAGUGUCAUUGUGUUCCAGAGGAAACCGUCGAGGAGACAGUGAUUCUGACGGAGGUCCGACUGGUGGAAAAAGUUGAGUUAUUGCCUUAGUUGCUAUACGUGUAAUUAUGAUCUGGGAUCAGCUGCUCCACCUCUGGAAUGGGACUGCAGGAUUUUUGAUUCCCUUCUGUAUGUUUUGAGUCAUUUUUUUAAUGGCGGUCAGAAUUUUUAUGUGAAGCUUUCUGGGGUGUCACAUGAUCAGGAUCUUUGCAACGGUUUUUAUGUGAUGCAGUGAGCAUUAAACGUUAAACCCUUUUUAUCAGUACAUUUUGUUGUGGUGGUAUUAUUUAUUUUGGGCUGGACAGCAAUUAUUAGAAAAGACAACUCACAGAAAUAGAAACAGUUAUAACUUAAAAGUAUUUCAUUUAUUUAUUCAACUGAUGUAUAUAUAUUUAAAUAUACAAAAUAUAAAUCUAUUGUGUAAUCUAAACAUGGUUCUUACUGCAUGAAAUAUAAACACAGCAACAUAUUCAAAGACAAUGAAAUGUACAAUGUGACAAACAAGAGGUAAAGUUCACAUUAUUUCAUUGUUUAAUAAUGCCCUAAAUCUAACUAUUUAAUCAAUAA